AUGGAAACAACUACAACCACCGUUGCAGACAACUCAACCAAGAAGAACCAACUCAAAUCCUCUUCCUUCCGCCUCCGUUCUCCAUCCCUCAACUCCGUACGUCUCCGUCGUAUCUUUGAUUUAUUCGACACCAAUCAUGACGAACUCAUCACCGUCGACGAACUCAGCCGUGCGUUGAUACUCCUAGGCCUGGAUACCAACAUGGAUGAAUUGGAUUCCAUAAUCAAAACCUUCAUCCAACCCGGAAACACCGGACUCACCUUCGAAGACUUCCAGGCUCUGCACAAGGAUAUCGACGAUCUGUUCUUUCGCCUGGAUGACAACUAUGAUCCGAACAACAACAACAAUGAAGAUCAGGAUGAUGAGGGUGGUAGUUGUGAGGGAGGCAAGGAGGAGGAGUUGGAGAUGAUGGAGGCGUUCAAGGUGUUUGAUGAAGAUGGAGAUGGAUACAUAUCGGCGACCGAGUUACAGACGGUUCUUGUGAAGCUGGGAUUUGCAGAGGGGAAUGAGAUCGGAAGAGUGCAGAAGAUGAUCUCCUCCGUCGACAGGAACAAAGAUGGACGCGUUGAUUUCAUGGAGUUUAAGGAUAUGAUGCGAACUGUGAUCGUUCUUAAGUGA